AUGCCUCGUCAACGCCGUGGUGCCGCCCCUACUCCUGCGCGUAGCGCACCCACUCGCCCUACCGCCGCUCCUGCUCGGCCCGCGGCUGCUCCUACUCAGCAAUCGCAGCCUCACUCGACCGCCGCCCACCCCCCACAAGCCGCCCAGGCUCCUCCCGCACAGAGUGCCGGCCCUGGUCUAUUCGGCCAGAUGGCCUCAACUGCCGCUGGUGUCGCUGUCGGAUCUUCUAUCGGCCACGCCAUCGGUGGCUUCUUCGGUGGUGGCUCCAGCGCUCCUGCUGAGGCCCAGCAGGCUCCUCCUGCUCCUGCUCAGGCUAUGGACAACGGCCUCUACCAGAGCAACGCUGGCCAGAGCUCGUUUGAGAACCCUGCUUGUGAGGUUGAUGUUCGCAACUUCCGCACCUGCAUGGAUGAGAACCAGGGUAACAUCAGCAUUUGCGGUUGGUACCUCGAUCAGCUGAAAGCUUGCCAGGCUGCUGCUAAGCAAUACUAA